AUGGCAACGAAUGGAACAAAAGUUGCAGAUGGACAAAUCUCCACUGAACUUAGUGAUGCUUCAAUCACCAAUGACAAGCCUAAAACCUUGGUAGUGAAAGUACAGAAGAAGAAAACAGAUAUUCCAGACCGAGACACCUGGAAAGGAAGAUUUGACUUUCUUAUGUCAUGUGUGGGUUAUGCCAUUGGCUUGGGGAAUGUGUGGCGAUUUCCAUACCUUUGUGGCAAGAACGGCGGAGGAGCAUUCCUGAUUCCAUAUUUCCUUACUUUAAUUUUUGCUGGAGUUCCACUAUUUCUUUUGGAAUGUUCCCUUGGUCAGUUCACAUCUAUAGGAGGCCUCGGAGUCUGGAAGCUUGCUCCAAUGUUUAAAGGCGUGGGGUUAGCAGCUGCUGUCCUGUCCUUUUGGCUAAAUAUUUACUACAUUGUGAUUAUUUCUUGGGCCAUAUAUUACCUAUAUAAUUCAUUUACUACUACUCUUCCUUGGAGACAAUGUGGAAACGCAUGGAACACAGAGCGCUGUUUCUCCAAUUACAGUAUAGCAAAUACCACCAACAUGACAAGUGCUGUGGUUGAAUUUUGGGAACGCAACAUGCACCAAAUGACAGAUGGACUGGAAAAGCCAGGGCAAAUCCGAUGGCCAUUAGCGAUUACACUGGCAAUUGCCUGGAUUCUAGUGUAUUUUUGCAUCUGGAAGGGGGUAGGCUGGACAGGAAAGGUGGUAUAUUUCUCCGCUACUUAUCCAUACGUCAUGCUGGUUAUCCUGUUCUUCCGUGGAGUGACACUGCCUGGGGCAAAGGAAGGCAUUUUAUUCUAUAUCACUCCUAACUUCAGUAAGCUUUCUGAUUCUGAGGUCUGGCUUGAUGCUGCCACGCAGAUUUUUUUCUCCUAUGGUUUGGGUCUUGGUUCACUGAUUGCUCUUGGAAGUUACAACCCUUUCCACAACAAUGUUUACAGGGAUUCCAUCAUAGUGUGCUGCAUAAAUUCAUGCACAAGUAUGUUUGCUGGCUUUGUCAUCUUCUCCAUUGUUGGAUUCAUGGCUAAUGUCACAAAGAGGUCUCUUGCAGAUGUUGCAGCAUCAGGUCCUGGACUGGCAUUUUUAGCUUAUCCAGAAGCCGUGACACAGUUACCUGUCUCUCCAUUGUGGGCAAUUCUGUUCUUCUCCAUGUUGCUUAUGCUUGGAAUUGACAGCCAGUUCUGUACUGUGGAAGGAUUCAUAACAGCUUUGGUGGAUGAAUUUCCAAGGUUACUACGCAAUCGAAGAGAAAUCUUCAUUGCUGUAGUGUGCGUUAUUUCCUAUCUGAUAGGACUGUCCAAUAUUACUCAGGGUGGAAUUUAUGUGUUCAAGCUGUUUGACUACUACUCUGCAAGUGGAAUGAGCCUAUUGUUUCUUGUAUUCUUUGAGUGUAUCUCUAUAUCCUGGUGCUAUGGUGUUAACAGAUUUUAUGACAACAUCCAGGAGAUGGUGGGAUACAGACCCUGCAUCUGGUGGAAACUUUGCUGGUCUUUCUUUACUCCUAUCAUUGUGGCAGGAGUGUUUAUCUUCAGCGCUGUGCAAAUGACUCCUCUCAAGAUGGGCAGUUAUGUUUUCCCAAAAUGGGGCCAAGGAGUUGGCUGGUUCAUGGCUCUCUCGUCUAUGGUGCUGAUUCCAGGCUACAUGGCAUACAUGUUUCUUACCUUAAAAGGCUCCUUAAAACAGCGCAUCCAAGUAAUGAUUCAGCCAAGUGAAGACAUUACUCAUCCUGAAAAUGGUCCGGACCAGGCCCAGCAGAGCAACUCUGCAAACAAAGAGGCAUAUAUCUAA